AUGAAAUGUUAUAGCAUAAUAUUAUUCUUCAUUUUAAUUGCAGAGACUAAAAGUUUGGAUGAAAAUAGUAUAAUAUUACUUAGUUUAUCCUAAUCAUUUAGUUCAAUAAUAGUUACUGAGUUGGGAGAUAAAGUAAUAAUAAAUAUAUAAUAGACCUUCUUCUUAGCUGCUAUAAUGUCAAUAAAAUAUAAUCGAAUAGCAGUUUUAAUUGGUUCUACAGUAGCUCUAAUAAUGAUAACAACAAUAAGUACAAUUUUUGGGAUUGUGAUUCCUGAAUUGAUUUCAAUCCUAUAUGCAUAAAUUAUAGUUUCAAUAGUUUUUUAUGGAUUUGGUGUUAAGUUUAUAUAUACAUGGUAUACUAUGCAGAAAGAGAAAGAAGAAUUGUAGGAAGUAGAAUAGGAAUUAACAACAUUGGAUAAAAAGUUAAUGAAUUUACCAGAUCCUGAAACAGAUCAAGUUAAUGAUAAUGUUACAAAAAGUAAGAAUCUCAAUAUUGUUAAUAGAUUUUAUACAAGUACAAUUCUAAUCUGUAGUAUGGUAAGCUUUUACUUUAACACUUUUGGGAGAGUGGGGAGAUAAAAGUCAAAUUACCACUAUAAGUUUGACUGCUAUAUAUAAUCCCAUUUAUGUCUUUAUGGGUGCCAUUAUAGCCCAUUUUAUUUGCACAGUUAUAGCAGUUCAUGGUGGAAAGUUGAUUGCAAAUAAAUUAUCAGAAAAAAAUUUCAAUUUUCUUGGUGGUAUUACUUUCUUUUGCAUAGCAUUAAUAAACACUUAUAUUGCAGUAUUUUUAUGA